AUGACAUCUCAUGCAGGCCCGUCUCCAUUACCUGCUACCGCAAUACUCAAAAGCGAGCGAAUCUCCCAAGCAGAAGCUCAUGAAUUCCUUACGGCUUAUCUCGAUCGCGCUGCCUCAGACCCAGGAUUCCAACCUGAUUCCACGCUCUCGCCGCAAGGCCCUAUCGCCGCUGGAGUUGGCUCAUCUCCAAACCUAGUUAUACAUAACCUCAAGAGAGUACAAGCCGGGCUGGCUGGAGAAGUGCUUGGAAAGGAUCUUGUGUUUGCGAAACUGGAGAACGAAGGCGGUGCUUCUGGCGGCGUGUUUGAGUUACAGUCACAUAAUGCGACUGAUAGGCAGAACUGGGGCGGAAAGAGAGGAGAUGCUGCUGCGGUCAGCGGAUGGCAGGAUUUACAGAGCUACGAGAGAGAGCAAACUGAUAUUGUUGAGGCUGGUGAUGGAGAUGAUGAAGUGGCUGCAGUCGAGGAUCAUAUGGAGCCUGUGGAAGAUGUGCAGGAGGGUAAAAUCGAUAAAGAAGAGCGGAAACGAAGGAAGAAGGAAAGACGCAAGCAAGAGCAAAAGGCCAGGAUGGUAGCGGCCAGAGACGAAGACGAGACCGAGAUAUGA